CCCAGUCAUUUCAUGCCAUGAGGAAACGUCAUUGAAGGAGUCUUAAUAGUUUAAUAUGUACAUUGAUAAAUAAAAGCUUGUAGGACGAGAGUGCUUGCGCUCUCUGUAAGAAGCAUAGUCUGGGGGAUCAGCACCCACCAUGGCAUCAGGCUGCAAAAUUGACCUGUCCAUCCUCAAUAGCGACCUGGCCUGCCUGGGGGCCAAGUGCACCCGGAUGCUGGAUUCCGGGGCCGACUAUCUGCACCUAGAUGUAAUAGACGGCCAUUAUGUUGGCCUUAGUCAUGACGGUGGAACCUGGCUUUGGAGGGCAGAAGUUCAUGGAAGACAUGAUGCCAAAGGUUCAUUGGCUGAGGACCCAGUUCCCCUCUCUGGAUAUUGAAGUAGAUGGUGGAGUAGUUCCUGACAUGAUUCACAAAUGUGCAGAGGCAGGAGCUAAUAUGAUUAUUGUGUCUGGUAGUGCUAUCAUGAGGAGCAAAGACCCCAGAUCUGUCAUCAAUCUCCUGAGAAAUGUUU